GCCUAACUCUCAUUCUCUCUUCACUGAAUUGAGGCGCCGCAUGAGGCAUAUCUGCUUCGCCCAUUUUUUUAAUCUGCAGCACUCAUGAAUUUGAGAAGAGAUCUUGUUUAUAAGAGAAGGGCUGUCAAACCAGUAGCAACUGAUAGUGAUAGAAAAUUUCUCAUUGAAUUCAUUGUCACUACCUAUUUGGGACCUGAUGUCAAGUCUGAUGAUCCAAGAUGUUCUUUUAUCCAAAGACGAAUGGCUGGAUCCCCACAGUACACAUUGAGUGAUUUGGGAUCUUCAUAUGUUACCAUUGCUUUUUUGGAGAGAUUGUAUUACUAUGUCCUCAGACAUUCUCCUCUUGAACAUAUCUUAGAUCUUAAUAUGUUCCAUAUGUAUCUGAAGGGAAAAUUAGUUCUGCCCUCCACAGAUUUUAUACAAAAUAGCAAGCAGUUCACCAGUUUUUUCCCCUUGGAUCUUCAUGAACAGAAAUGGUAUCCUUAUAGCUUCAGAAUUAUUAAAGGGAUUGUUUUAAUUGAUGAUCCUUCCACAGAAUGCAUCAAAGAGGAGGAUUUAAAUAGAUUCAAGUCUUUAACUGGUGCCAGCACUCUCGAGGUAAAUCUUAGUGAAUGUUUGGAAAAUGACGGUGGUCACAAUUUUAAGAACAAAAGACAGGAGAUUAUUCAAAAUAUGGAAUGUCAAUCAGAAAGUUCUCAAGAAGGACACAAGAGAAAGCAUAUUGAUGAUACACAGUCAGUUCUAGGCCCUGUGUUCCCUACAAAACACAAUGUCAAGGUUAAUCCUUCCAAUAACACAUGCAAAUCUAAUGUGCCAACAUUCAUGCCCCUUCUAUCUGUUCCUGAUACUGAAGUCUGGAAUCAGGAUUGUUCUCUUGUUUUAACUGGGACAGCAAGAAAAGGAAUAUUUGGUCCAUCUGUUGGUAUUGUGGAUAUUGGUAUUGGUGAAGUGGCAUAUCUAUUCCGUGUUUCCUUAGCAGGAGUUCAGAAAAAUUUUGCAGGUACGUUUAGUUGUGAUGUUCAAUCUAAUGGGAGGGUUCUGAUCAAAGGGGUGGUAACUGGUGGAAAAACCAUAAGAAAACAAGCACGAGUUUUUGAGAUGAAAAUUCGGAAGUUAUGUCCACCUGGACCAUUCACACUUUCAUUCAGUCUUCCAGGACCUGUUGAUCCAAGACUCUUCGUGGCUAACUUCAGGGCUGAUGGCCUUUUGGAAGGAAUUGCAAUCAAGCAGUAGUUAAGGGGCAAGAGUUGGGAAUCAAGCUUUUUUUAAGGCCAGAACCCAGAUAUGUCUCUUUCAGAGAAUUGUUAAUGACCUACUUUUGUUGGUAACUGUUAAGGUGAAUGUUCUAGUUUCUUUUUUAUGGUUCACUGGAAAUGAUCUUGUUAGACUAGUUAUAAAGAAUUAACAUGUUUAUGCAGGGAGGCAUUGAUUUUUGUUUAA